AAUUAUCGGUACAAUUAAAAAAGAAAAGAGAUCGAUCGGCGGGGGGAGGGAAAACGAAAUACGCGGUUUAUUGAUCUGCUGCAGGCUCUGAGAGACUGGAUGUUCCAUGUAAAGUUUAUCGGCCUUAACAGAGAAGGGACCACCGAGUUCUAUAUGUAUCAGGUUCUGUGGAGCAUACCGACACCGGCAUACCCGGAGCCAUAUGUGACUGUCAGUGUGUUCUUCUGCAUCGCGGCGAGUCGCGUGCAGCCGCCGCACUUUCCAGCCGACAUCAUGUAUGUAUUCGAGGGACAUCAAUUUGUGCAUCGGUUGGACGUAGUCUUCAAACCGAAGUGGCUUUACGACAUUCUUGACAUGAAGACUAUGCUGUUCAAAACUUUCACGUUUUAAAAUAUCUCCCGCUAUUCUUCUACGAAAAAGAACUGUACUUUUACUCUUCAAAACGUAAGACAAUUUUCAUUUGUGAUCAAUAGCAGAAAUUUAUACAUGCAAGUAGCAAUGGAAAUGUCAUCUUAAACAUAUCCUGUAUACCGAAACUGAGCAACGAUUCCUUCACAUCGCACCGUGGAACGGCUGCAGCUUUUCAGGGCAGAUUUUUAAACGCCCGCACCGUGCAGAAUGUCGUAAAAGUAAGAGUGUCGGAUUUCCGCGAAUCGGGCACGCGCCGGCCGCAAUCUGGUCCAGCACCGGACGCCGUUUCAUUUCGCUCGGUUAAACAAUACGAGCAGGUGAUACCCCGGCUCCGUAAGAGAGAGAGCACUCGCGCACUGCCAUUCCCAAUCACACAUUUACGACCUCUGCGUUAAAUCAUUAACGCCAAUUGUUACAGCAUCGACAGCAUUUCCUUGUCUACAGCUGCAGAAACGAAAGAACAAGUGUAAAAUUAGAAAGUUUACCGAAUCAAUUUAGUGGCGGUAUAAUUUCUUAAUAAUAAUUUUAACAUACGUUAAAACAGCUUUCUUUUUUUUUUGUUAAAUAUGCUAUUUAGUCGCU